AUGUCUUUAUCAAUAGUAAUUGGCGAAUAUUCUUUAGCGAAAGGACAUAUAGAAUACAUCCUUAUCAUCACAGACAAUGUGUCAGGAGAACGAUGGAGCUUUAAAAGAAGAUACUCACAAAUACGGCAUUUACACCAAAAUUUAAAGCAUUUUUCGAGCCAAGUCCCGAAAUUUCCACCUAAAAAAAUAUUUGGGAACAAAAAUAAAGAAUUUAUAGAAACACGAAAGAGAAGCCUUGAAAUAUAUCUAAAUUCUCUGUCAAAUAAUCAUGAGCUUGGGCAAAGUGCUUAUUUCAAAGAUUUUAUAAGACCGCAAGACAAAACUUUACUUAAGCAGGGGACUGAUAAAGCAAACACAGCAAAAAAUCGUCAAAAAACAGUAGAAGAAGCUGAAGAAGCAUUGAAGCCAGCACUUACUCAAAUUGUUGAAGAAACAAGCACUCAAUUCAUGGAUUUAUCUACACAACCAAAUCCAGUGGGAGAAGAAGACUCAAAGGCUAAAGCUAAAGAAUAUUUGCAAGCAGCUACAAAUAUAAGUUGCAUAUGAAAAUGUAAUGUUCCGAAAAAUGAUAUCCCAAUAUCAAACAUUUCAAGUCAAAAAAUAGCUCUGCACAGAGAAAACAUCGAUAAAAUUUUUAAUGAGGCUAUUGAUGCUUUGAGUAUGAUUAGUAUUGAGUGUGGAUUGAUUAUAUCAAAGGUAGUGGAUUAA